AUGGCCCUGUACCACCAAACCGUGGAUUUCCUGUCUGACUCCUGGGCCAACCAACGAACACAACUGCCUCUAUUAGCAGUAUCGGGGGCAUCCUUCACACUCGGCCUACUCUUUCGAUCGAUUUUAUCCGCCCGCGAGUCUACAGAGACAGUCAUCCCUUCACCCCGCGCAAGAAUCUUGAACGGCAUAUCCGAAGAAGAAAAUCACAACCUCCCUCUCCCAAAUGACGUGCUUCCCGGUGCCCGCGACGUUGCCAGUCCUUACGGCUCGAUCCGAGUUUAUGAAUGGGGUCGAGAGGAUGGUCCAAAGGUGUUGCUGGUGCAUGGUAUCACCACGCCAUGCAUCGCCCUCGGCGGGGUGGCCCAUGCGCUAGUUGACCGAGGCUGCCGAGUAAUGCUGUUCGACCUUUUUGGGCGAGGAUACUCUGAUUGUCCUGCCGAUCUGCCUCAGGAUGACCGUCUAUUUGCGACUCAGAUCUUACUUGCCCUGGCCUCCUCACCGAUCGCCUGGACUGGCAAAGAGUCAGGAAAGUUCUGCCUAGUGGGUUAUUCACUUGGAGGUGGAAUCGCUGCGGCAUUUGCGUCUUAUUUCCCGCAAAUGUUAUCGUCAUUAAUUCUCCUCGCACCGGCCGGUCUGCUCCGAGACUCGCAAAUCAGCUUCCAGAGUCGUCUCCUCUACUCCCGCGGCCUGAUGCCGGAGAACCUUCUUGGAUAUCUUCGGAUGCGCUCACCGAAAGAACUCCCGUCGCAAACCGCGGGAGAGAUCCAAUUACUUUCUCGUGACUACCCGCAUGUCAACAUUCCAGCUGCUGUUGCUUGGCAAGUGAAUAAUCAUUCUGGUUUCGUCCACGCCUUCAUGUCUAGUAUGCGCCAUGGACCAAUCUUGAGCCAACGGCAGUAUAACACCUGGGCCCGUCUUGGGGAGUACCUGAGUGCGCAGAAUAGUUAUUCGUCAACAAACCGAGGCGAAAAGGGACUGGGCAGUGAUAAGGUCCACAUUCUGUGUGGUAAUAGCGAUGCCAUAAUCAUCAAAGAUGAACUGAUUGCAGAUGCCACAGCAGCCUUGGGCGGAAACGUUGCCUUCAAGUUCUACGAGGCUGGUCACGAAUUCCCCAGCACUAAGUACGAGGAUGUCGCGACGUACAUAUCGAAAUUGCUUUGA